AUGGACAACAUUCUUAGAGUCGGUCGACACCAGGAUUCAGUGGAAGACUUGAGAACCGUGCGCCAGACCGGAGAUUUAUCUGGACUAGUAGCUCAAGGCCUUGUUGAACAAGACGUGAAAGCACUCCACACGGCCGCCUAUGAGUCAAGCCCCGAAAAACGCCGUUCUCUUCUCACGCCAAAGAUUCCACCAGAAGCCCAAAUAUUUAUAUCAAUACUGACCAAGAGAAGCCGACUUCAUAUGAAGGCCAUAUGGGAAAUGUACAAACAGGCAAUCAAUAUGUCAAGUUAUGACCUGUUUCGGCCGGCGCAGUUCUCCAUGCCUAAUUCCGAGUGGAAGGAAUCUAGAGGUGGUCGGAAUUUGACACGGCAGAAGGGAACGAAGAUGUUUCAAAAAGUUUGUGCGCUGUUGGUGCGGUUCACCCUUCAGCAUGGGGUCCAUGGGACCGUCCCUAAAUAUGGGAUGAACCUUGUCAUGACCAUAUGCGAGACGUUUUCAGAACCCCUUCGAACGGCGCUGAACACUACAGGAAUGCUCAAGGAGAGCCAAAUAUCGGAUUCGGAAACCAAGAAGCAAGGAACUGCUUGGAGUCGGAUCAACAAAGGUCACAAGCCGGAACCCAGAGAGGUCAACAGAGGUCACUCCAGGCCAAAGAUUCCACCAGAAGCCCAAAUAUUUAUAUCAAUACUGACCAAGAGAAGCCGACUUCAUAUGAAGGCCAUAUGGGAAAUGUACAAACAGGCAAUCAAUAUGUCAAGUUAUGACCUGUUUCGGCCGGCGCAGUUCUCCAUGCCUAAUUCCGAGUGGAAGGAAUCUAGAGGUGGUCGGAAUUUGACACGGCAGAAGGGAACGAAGAUGUUUCAAAAAGUUUGUGCGCUGUUGGUGCGGUUCACCCUUCAGCAUGGGGUCCAUGGGACCGUCCCUGUGCUCGAAAUAUGGGAUGAACCUUGUCAUGACCAUAUGCGAGACGUUUUCAGAACCCCUUCGAACGGCGCUGAACACUACAGGAGAGCCAAAUAUCGGAUUCGGAACUGCUUGGAGUCGGAUCAACAAAGGUCACAAGCCGGAACCCAGAGAGGUCAACGACAGAGGUCACUCCAGGUUCGAUUAGAGCACGAGAGCAGAGGAGGCCAGGUUCACAAUUCGCAAGGUCACCGAUCAAUCAGGACACAGGAUAACAGAACAGCCAAUGGAACCAACCGACGGAACAACCAAUCGU